AUGUAUCGCCGCGGUGCCAAACGUUGGAACAAGAAGUUUUAUUAUCUGAAGGGUCAUAAUUUUCUCGCUCGACGUUUUAACAAAAAUGCAUUGUGCGCCUACUGCGGUGACAGAAUAUGGGGGCUGGGACAGCAGGGUUAUAAGUGCAAUGCCUGCAAACUACUUAUCCACAAGCGCUGCGCUCCCUCCGUCGACUUUUACUGCGGCGAGGUCCCACCCACUCACGAGGUUGUGCGGCAGCGUCCUGUCACUGUCAGUAGUGCUGGGACUGAGGAAAUGCUUGUAUCUGAUGGAAUUCAAAACAACGCUUUUGUGUCAUCAGGUCGUGAAAUGGGCCGUGGCGGCGCUUCAGAGCACAAGAACAAGCAGCUGGCCAAGGUGGAGGGAGACGGUGUAGUGAUUCCGCAAAUCCCCGUCAAGUCUGAGCAAGUAGGCUUAGAACAUUUCAAACUCCUCCGCGUAAUCGGUCGUGGCAGCUACGCAAAGGUCUUCCAGGUAGAGUACAAACCCACCUCCAAGAUCUACGCGAUGAAGGUCAUCAAAAAGGAGAUUAUCACUGACGAGGAGGAUAUUGAUUGGGUUCAAACCGAGAAGCAUGUCUUCGAAAUUGCUAGUAAUCAUCCUUUCUUGUUCAUCAACGGGGGGGAUCUGAUGUACCACAUGCAACGCCAAUGUCGCCUGCACGAAGACCACGCAAAGUUCUACGCUGCUGAGAUCUGCAUUGCUAUGAACUUCCUCCACGAGCGUCAAAUUGUCUACCGCGAUCUAAAGUUGGACAACGUCCUCAUGGAUCUCGAAGGCCACAUCAAACUCACCGAUUAUGGCAUGUGUAAGGAGGGCAUCUCUGAGACGAACCUCACUUCCACCUUCUGUGGCACUCCGAAUUAUAUCGCGCCUGAGAUUCUUCGCAACGAAAGAUACAGUUUCAGUGUGGACUGGUGGGCUCUGGGCGUACUGAUGUUUGAGAUGGUCUCCGGGCGAUCUCCAUGGGAGGGUAUCGGAUCUUCCAACAACCCCGAUCAAAACACCGAGGAAUACCUCUUUCAAGUUAUCCUCACCAAGCCCAUUCGAUAUCCCCGAUCUAUUUCAGAUCCCACAGAGCGCCUGGGCUGUGCGCCAAAUUCUAACUUUGCGGAUAUCCAGAAUCAGCCUUUCUUUGCCUCCAUUGACUGGGUGGCGCUCGAGCAGAAGCGCGUGCAACCUCCCUACCGACCGGAGGAGACGGAUGAUUACAACCUCAUCCAUUUCGAUCCCACCUUCACCAAUGAGAAAGUCUGCUUCACCCCCGACGAUCCCGAAGUUAUCCGAGCAAUCGACCAAUCAGAGUUUGAUGGUUUUGAGUACCUCAAUCCUUUGCUAAUCAAGACCGCGGAGACAGUUUGA